CUUGUGUAAUAUCUUCAAUUCUCAUAAAUUAUCAUAAUGAAAAAAGAAUGUUUUAGGAUCUGUUUGAAUGAUAAUAAUAGAUCAAUUAGAUUUAAAUUGAGAUCAAUACUGUGUAAAGAAAACUUAUUAAGAAAAUUAGAUAAGGCUAGAAAAAGUAAUAAGAGUAGAUUUUGAAAGUAGAGGAUGAUUUACUCUUAAAAUUAUGGUUAAAAAGAAGAAGAAUAAUUAUCUUUACUUUUUGGAACCACAAUAUUGAAAGGAUGAUGAUAAAGUGUCAAAACUGAGAAUGCCUUCAUUGAAAUUAAAACUUAAAGUCUUAAAAAAAUUGAAUACUUAAUAUCGUGGCCAUUAUUUACGCAUUCAAGUACUUUUAAAAUCAAUUUUUAACUAUGG